AUGAAAACUCAGCAAAUCGUGUCUUUCGAACUCCUGUUCCUCGCGCUCGCGCCAUUCAGUACCGCAACUUCAGAACUCGCCCCGUUAUUACCGAGAAAAUCGUCGCGAGGCCUCGCCAACAUCAGAUCAGAAGAGAUCCUCGGCACAUCGAACUUAGACACAAGGCUAGCCGAGCGAGACGAGUGCGGCGUUGGCUACAAAGCCUGCAAGAACGCGUGUAUUCCCAUCUUAGGCGUGUGCUGCGAGAAUGGAAAGGGAUAUUGCGAUGUCUUGACCGUGUGCGUCGACUCCGGGUGCUGUCCGAUUGGCAAACUGUGCUCUGACGAUCCCGAUGGGUGCUUGGGCUCUUUGGUUCCCUGCGGAGCGGACAAGACGUGCAUUCCCGACGGCAAGAUCUGCUGUGCGGACACAGGGAGCUACUGCGAGCAGGGAGAGACUUGCAUGAACAAUGGCAAAUAUGGGUAUUGUGCGAAAGGCUCAAGCUCGACUCUUCCGUCUGCAUCAAGCUUGUUGACGAGACCAAUGCCAUCCACGGGAUUGACGUCUUUGACAUCUGCCUCCGACUUCACAUCUACCAGCGCGACUACGACUGAGUCGACAUCCAGCUCAGAGGAGAGCACUAGCAGCAGCAGCAGCAGCAGCACCGGCAGUAUCAGCAGCAGCAGUACCGAUAGCACGACAUCAUCUGCUUCGUCCGGGAUGCAAACGUCCACCUCGAAUACGCAAAGCGCCUCAACAAGUACUGGGUCUGCUGCUUCCCAGACAAGUGAGCCUGGGGCUUCCUCCAGGAUGCAAAUGUCAGGUCUGGCAUUGAUUUCAUGCGGACUUGCAGCUGUCUACUGCCUGCUCUAG